GGGGCUAUGUGUCAAAAGCAGCCAAUGGGUGUCCCAGAAGGUGCGUCUCCGCGAGAGCCGCGGCGCGAGCUCUCCCGCGGUGCCUGAGGCUGGAAGAGUGCUAAGUCCAUGGAACCAAGCGAGGGCGCGAGUACAGAACUUGCUAAGGCCAUCAAGCCCAUUGAUGGGAAGUCAGUCCAUCAAAUUUGCUCUGGGCAAGUGGUCCUCAGUUUAAGCACUGCUGUGAAGGAGUUGAUAGAAAAUAGCGUGGAUGCUGGUGCUACCAGUAUUGAUCUAAGGCUUAAAGACUAUGGGGUGGACCUCAUUGAAGUUUCAGACAAUGGAUGUGGGGUAGAAGAAGAAAACUUUGAAGGUCUAGCUCUGAAACAUCACACUUCUAAGAUCCAAGAAUUUGCUGACCUGAUUCAUGUUGAAACUUUUGGCUUUCGGGGGGAAGCUCUGAGCUCACUCUGUGCACUGAGUGAUGUCACUAUAUCUACCUGCCACGUGUCUGCAAGCAUUGGCACUCGACUGGUGUUGGACCACAAUGGGAAAAUCACCCAGAGAAUUCCCUACCCCCGACCCAAAGGCACAACAGUCAGCGUGCAGCACUUAUUUUAUACACUACCAGUGCGUCACAAAGAAUUUCAAAGGAAUAUUAAAAAGGAGUAUGCCAAAAUGGUCCAGGUCUUACAGGCAUACUGUAUCAUUUCAACAGGCAUCCGUGUAAGUUGCACUAACCAGCUUGGACAAGGAAAACGGCAACUUGUGGUGUGCACAAGCGGAAGUUCCAGCGUGAAGGAAAAUAUCAGCUCUGUGUUUGGCCAGAAGCAGUUGCAGAGCCUCAUUCCUUUUGUUCAGCUGCCCCCUAGUGACUCUGUUUGUGAAGAGUAUGGCCUGAGCUGUUCUAACAAGCCACAUAAUCUUUUCCGCAUUUCAGGCUUCAUUUCACACUGUACACAUGGUAGUGGGAGGAGCUCAACAGACAGACAGUUUUUCUUCAUCAAUCAGCGUCCUUGUGACCCAGCAAAGGUCUCUAAACUUGUAAAUGAGGUUUAUCACGUGUAUAAUCGGCAUCAGUAUCCGUGUGUUGUUCUUAACAUUUCUGUUGAUUCAGAAUGUGUUGAUAUUAAUGUGACUCCAGAUAAAAGACAGAUUUUACUGCAGGAGGAGAAGCUUUUGCUGGCAAUUUUAAAGACCUCCUUGAUAGGAAUGUUCGACAACGACGCAACCAAGCUUACUGUCAGCCAGCAGCCACUGCUGGACAUUGAAGGUAACUUAGUAAAGAUGCGUACAGCAGAAAUAGAAAAGCCUGUGUCGGGAAAGCAAGACAAUUCACCUUCACUGAAGAUCACAGCACAUGAGAAAAGGGUAGCAUCCAUUUCCAGACUGAGAGAGGCCUUUUCUCUUCAUCCUACCACAGAGGUCAAGUCUUGGGGCCCAGAGACCCCUGAACUGAGGCAGAAUUAUCCAAGUCAGAAAAGGGGUGUAUCAUCUUCUUGUCCUUCGAAUCUCAUCUCUCCUAGAGGUCUGUGUGGCUCCCAGGACAAAGUGGUGAGCCCCAAGGAAAGCCCCGAUGACUGUAUGGACAGAGUGAAACUAGAAAAAGACUCGGGGCUCAGCAACACCUCAGCCAGCUCUGAGGACGGGCUUAGCACCCCAGAAGUGGCCAGUAGCUUUAGCAGUGACUAUGCAGUGAGCUCUCCAGAAAACAGAUCUUCACAGGAAAACAUGGACUGCCCUUCUUCAGGUACAGGACACCAUCUGAAGCAAGAAGAGAGCAGGUACAAAUGUACAGUUCUACCUCCACCAAGUCCUCUCUCUUCCUCAAACGCUAAGCGUGUCAAGACAGAAGAAAGACCUUCAAAUACUGGCGUUCCUCCAAAGUUGCUUGAUGCUCAGAACACCUCAGCAGCUCAGGUUGAUGUGGCUGUGAAGAUUCAUAAGAAAAUCGUGCCCCUUGACUUUUCUAUGAGUUCUUUAGCUAACCGGGUGAGGCGGUUACAGCAACAGAAGCAGCGGAAUAAAAUUGAGCAGAGCUACAGGAAAUUUAGAGCCAAGAUUUGCCCUGGAGAAAACCAAGCAGCAGAAGAUGAACUCAGAAAAGAGAUUAGUAAAUCGAUGUUUGCUGAGAUGGAGAUCCUGGGCCAGUUUAACCUGGGAUUUAUAAUAACCAAACUGAAGGAGGACCUCUUCCUGGUGGACCAGCAUGCUGCAGAUGAGAAGUACAACUUUGAGAUGCUGCAGCAGCACACUGUGCUCCAGAUGCAGAGGCUCAUCACGCCCCAGACUCUGAACUUAACUGCUGUCAAUGAAGCUGUGCUGAUAGAAAAUCUGGAAAUAUUCAGAAAGAAUGGCUUUGAUUUCAUUAUUGAUGAGGAGGCUCCAGUCACUGAAAGGGCUAAAUUGAUUUCCUUGCCAACUAGUAAAAACUGGACCUUUGGACCCCAAGAUAUAGAUGAACUGAUCUUCAUGCUAAGUGACAGCCCUGGGGUCAUGUGCCGGCCCUCAAGAGUCAGGCAGAUGUUUGCUUCCCGAGCCUGUCGGAAGUCUGUGAUGAUUGGAACCGCUCUCAACAUAAGCGAGAUGAAGAAGCUCAUCACUCACAUGGGUGAGAUGGACCACCCCUGGAACUGUCCCCAUGGAAGGCCAACCAUGAGGCACAUUGCAAAUCUGGACAUCAUUUCCCAGAAAUGAUGCUUGUAGGGUAGAGUUUACUGCAUAUUAUUCUCUGCUAUUUUAAUGCAUCAGAUCCACUUAAAAACAGUGUUAAGCCAGGCAUAGUGGCAUGUGUGCCGCUAGCCCAGCUACUUGGGAGGCCCAGGUGGGAGGCUCACUUGAGGCCAGGAGUUUGAGACCACCCUGAGCUACAUUAAUCAGACUCCAUUCCAAAGAGAAAAAAAAAAUUAAGCCUUUUCAUCAUGUCUACUGUUAUUGCCUUGAAAUUUAAGUAUGCAUGUGGUGUAUGUGUGUGGUAUGUAUGUGUUUGGAAGUGGUGUGCAAAGAUAUGCCUUAGAAAAACAAGGAGAGCUGUUGUUAAUUUUUUUUUUAUUCUAGCCCUAUGUUGGAAUGCCAAAACGUUGUUGGUUGUUUUAUUCUUUUGGGGGGGGGGCCGUCAUCCAGCUCCCAAAUAAAUCACACACGUUGUCUUAUUGUUAUUUAUAAAAACCCAACUUAAGCUUGGCUUGUUUCUUGCCAGCUUUUCUUAAAUUAUCCCCAGCUACCUUUUGCCUCUGAGCUUUUUCCUUUUCUUCUGUGUAUCUUACUCUCACUAUUACUCUGUGGCUGGCUGGGUGGCUGCCCCUGAUGUCCUCCUCUCCUUGUUCUAUCUUGCUCCUUCUUCCUCUCCUCCCAGAUUUCUCCUAUUUGUUCUCUUUGCCUGCCAACCCCACCUAUCCUUUCUCCUCCCUCGCUCUUGGCUGUUCAGCGCUUCAUUAGCCCAUCAGGUAUUUUAGACAAAGAAUCACAGCUUCACAGAGUUAAACAAACGUAACAUAAAAGAAUGCAGCACAUCUUUGCAUCAUUAAAACAAAUGCUCCACAGCAUAAACAAAUGUAAUACAUCUUAAAAUAAUAUUCCACAACAAAGAGCCCUUUGGAAGUUAGCAGUCUUUCCCCUGACUGGGAGUAUUAUAGUCUGCAGCUUUCAGCCAUCAAUGACAGUUGAAUUCAUGUUGUUUACUUUCUUGUUCUCUCCCACUCCUACCCCCUGUAUUUUGAGACAGUUUUAUGAAACUCAGACUUGUCUUAAACUUGUUUUGUAGCAAAGGCUGUCCUUAAACUGAUCUUGCCUCCACGUCCGAAGUGCUAGGAUUACAUGUACGUCACACACCCAAAUAAAAAAUUAUGGUCUUUUAAAAUUAGUAUUUCUUAAUCCUGACUCAUGUUAAAUGAAGAAAAGUGUGUUGGGGGGAUUCUUUACCUGGUUGGAAAGAAUACUGAAUAGUACUGGGGUCACUUUUGCAGGGUGGGAAUGGGAAGGAAUGAGCCCUGGCUGACCUGGACCUUGCUAUAUAGAGCAGGCUAGCCUUGAACUUACAGAGAUUCUCCUGCCUCUGCCUCUUGAGUUCUGGGAUUAAAGACAUGCACCACCACCCUUACUGGGGUCACUAUUUGGAAAUGUUCCUUAGUGCAAGGAGAGUGGAAAGCAGAGGCUGGG